GCUGUUUUUGACCGAAACGCCACCAUCGCAGCAUGCGACAAAUACAAAAACAGAAAUACCGGUGAAGAGAAGUGGGAUAAAUGCCCAGAUUGAUUUUUCAACGACCAGCAAGGCGUUCAGGCCUUCUGCGAUAGUAGAGGAGAACAUAUGGGUGGGAAUGAGGUACGUUAUCUUUUCAUGCGUCCUUUGGAUUUUUGGAGGGAAACUAACUUAUUUUUUUUGGUUUUUGAAAUAGUGGGAAGAGUAUUAUACGGAGGCUGGUGCUGAUUCUAGUGCUUAUGCUAUUGGGAGAUGAAUCUUUUAGGUCGGUGGAUGGUAGUGCGAUGGGAUACUGGUUUGCUAGACUUUACGAAUUGAUGACUUUUUCUUCUUA